AUGAUAUUGGACAAACUGAUGCAUUUAUUACAUCAACGCUCAUAUGAUUUGCAAGUUUUGACACUCCGGGUUUUCUGGGAAAACGAGUAUACAAAAACGGUGAAUUGGGUACGUGGUAAAGCUCAAGAAUUGGAAACUUUCAUUAGAUCACAAGCGCGAUGGCGAGAUGACAUGGAUCAAAGGAGUCUUCAUGCCAAAAAGGAAAGCACAAUGGAUGAACGCUAUAUUUACUUGACCAACUCAAAGACAACAGUUAUCGACAAGCUCUUGGAAUUUGAAAUGAACAUAUCGAAUUUUGAUCAAGGCCAAUUUACAACUACAGUGAACAUCUUUCAGGAAAUGGAUGAUACAUCUCGGAUUGAACUACCCAGCUUUUUGGAAUCUCGACAAGUAGAAGUAGAAGAAGCAUUCGAAGCAUUGGUAAACCGUACUGCUUUUGCUCGGCAAGUGGUAGAACAAUACUUGGCUAUGGCAGACUUUAUGGAAACAAGUGAUCAUUUGAUACAUGAUUAUGGGGAAAAUGUGCGUGAAAAAUUGAUUCGACAAACAUCCAUGGUAUACAAGUUAUUUUUGGAUCAACAACAACAACAACGGAAUAACUCUGAUGGAAUCAAUGAAGAUAUAUCAUCUAUCUUGAAUGACAGGAUUUUAAUGGAUGAAAAUGCCAACUUUCAAGAACAAGCAGUAGGUUUGAUCACAGAUACAGCUAGUCGAAUUCCUUUUACCGAAACUUCCUUCACUUUGGGUCAACAAGAAAAUCAAGCAGGAAACGAUAGAGUGCGAUUGGCUGUGAAAUCACAAACAUCAAAUCUGAUACUUUUUGGCGAGUCGUUGGAACACAAGUUACGUAACUAUCGAUUGGCUAUUCAUUGGUACUCUCAAGUCAAUUUGGUAUACACUGAUCUUUGCAAUAUACGUGAUGAAAUUGAUAACGAUAUUCACAUCAUCUCUCGUUUCGUUGACAAGUUGGAACUCACCUAUGGAGAACAAGUGGAACGAUUAUCGGGUACUAUGUCACAGGACGAGACUAUUAUACAGGAACGGCAUCUACAACAAUAUGUGGAAAAGAUUGACGUUCUACAAACACAGCUUGACACCGUUGCUAAUAAGAUACAAGAAAUAUAUACACUUCAUGAAAUACCACCAGCAUCUCCAGCUAUCAUAUCUUCAUCUACUUUGCCAUGCGAUGAUGCAUCAGACACAACAACAAUAUGUUCACCAAGACCAACUUCAAUUAUUGGAACACCAUCCUUGAUGAUAUCAGACACAAUAAGUUAUCUUGAAACUACUGCCGACACCUCUUCUUCACAACUACAAAAAUUGGCACACACCUUGGAUCAGUGGAAAUACAGUCUCUCUAUGAUGAAACGGAGACAAGAUUGGGAAGAUCAGUACAACAUGGCCAUUCAAUGGAUAGCAAUACAGGAAGAAAAAUGCCAACAUAUGCGUAUGGAAUCAGCAUGGUCUCCCACGGAAAAUUUGGCGACACAAGAUCAUCAAUUUGAACACACCAGAUCUUCUGCUUUAUCAUUGGAACAAGAGUGGACUGAUUUCAAAUCACAGCAAUUAUGUCAAUUGAAGAAUACUUUUGCACAAUUGAUAAGUGGAUCUGAAGAAGCAUCAGUAACUUCUGGACAAAGAAGGAAAUGGAUCCUGCAACAAGAUCGACAAGAUACUUUGUUAUCAAAAAUAGUGACGGUGGAUGCUAUUUUCAUGAUGGUGAUGUUACUCCUUGAACAACGAAAAGCGAUCACUACGUUUUUGAUCAAUAGUGAUAAGAUACAAUCUCAAGGUGCUCGAUGGCUUUAUGAUCUCAAGGCGUUUGUUUUACAAUCCAGGACUGAACAAGCACUAGGAACAACAGAAACAUUGCCACAGUCAGAAAACAAUCGAUUUUGCUUACAUUCAUACAGCAGUGAAGUAGAGGAUCUAUGGGCCACAUGGAAAAACUAUGAUAGUGAAGGUUUUACAACAGCUGUGAAAAAUUAUCGUGACAUCAACGCUGGAUUGACGACGGAUCUGGAUCAAUUGGAUACUUUGGUGAAAGAGCAAGCUCUGGAACAAUACAACAGAUUAACAUCACUUGGUUCUUUACUUGCUGAAUGGGGAUCUGCUGCCGAUCAUACAAUGGAGUUACAAAGUAGAGUACAAGCCUGGUCUAGCAAAACGCAUUCUCUCGAUAAUCAUGUGGUUGACCUUUUUGCGACACUGGUGACAAAAAAGGAUAAUCUUGUGGCGAUACUUGAGGUUGAUUCAACAGAAAAUAAAAAUAAGGAUACUGCUAUGUGUGAUUUCUUUCUGGAUGGAUCUAAGCGACAUAUCAACGAUAUUGAUGGGAUGGUUCAACACUGGCUGGAAAAAGAUUUCAACUCAUUACAUCAGGAAGGACUGGAUUUGCAAAAUGGAAUCAUACAACUUGUCAACAAAUUGGAAUGCUUGAUGGACGAUCAAGGUGACAACAAAUUGGCGAUUACUGUAGAUAUGGAGACAACGCUGACACUAAUCGAUAACUCACAAGAUCGAUGCACGAAUAUGGCGCAAUCGCUUCUGCCGUAUGUGUUGAAAUUGAUAGAAACAAAUCGUCAACGCUCAGCAUGGGAAAUCAUAUCAUCAGAUCUGUCUCUCAAGUUCAACCACCUGCAAGAACAAUUGGAGCAUAUGGAACUGGAAAAACAAAACUGUUGGAGACAUUUUAAUACCACAACAACUCUACAACCCUUUGUGUCUGUUUCAACUACUCUGCAAGAUCUUAUAGCAAAAGUGGCCGUAUUUAGAGAACACUUUGGAAACCAAUUUAUCAUCUCGUUACAUGCUGAAAAUGAUGCCUAUUGCAAUAUGGAACAAUCAUAUCAUGAUCUCUCUCAAUACGAAUUUCCUGAAAUAGUGGACACUCCGUCUCGUAUGAUGUUACCGAUCAGUUUACAAAAAAAUCAUGCACAUUGGGGACAGGUGAUUCCUUUUAUGGAAAAGCGUCUGGAAUCAUUGGCUACUGACUUGGUAUGGCUUUCAACCGGUGAUUCAUGGCUACAACAUGCAGAUGAACAAGUAGAAAUAUGGAUGACCCUUUUGGAUGAUCUCGAACACUUUGUAGAACAAGACGCAAAAUGGACUAUUACGUUGGAUAAAUCUGUGAAACCAAGUGUUGAUACCCUUACUGUGGCUACUGAUGUCAAUGAUGAUCACUUUGUGGAAGUUGAUUUAGGAAUGAAUGAUCUACGUGAACGUGUGGAUGAUUCAAUCAACAAAACAGAAACUAUUUUGGAUGAAAUGAACAUAUGGAAAUCUGAUCAACCGCUCCAAGAACAACAACAAUGUAAUGGCAUUAUUCUAGACGAAAUUAAAAUCUGGGACCAAAAGAAAACCUCUUUGGAACAAUACCGCGCCGAUGUACAAUCCUAUUUGAAGUAUGCUUCAGCGAUGAUUGACCACCGCAAUAAAUUAGGCCAAUGGUUGGAUGAUAUCUCUGAAUUAGAACAGCUGGGUGAAACAAUAAAGGCUACCAUUUUACAAGACAAAAACGGAAUAGGCAAAGAUAAUCAUACUGAACAUUCGACAACGAUCAAUGAUGACGAUGAUGAUGAUGAUGAUGAUGAUACGAUACAAUUGCUAUUGGUACAAUUCGACAAAAGAUUAUCAUCGAUACUUGAUUACGCUCAAAAUGUGGAUUAUCCAGUUCGACCAUCUCUCUCAAUACAAAAUAGUCAAGAAAAUACUGAUAUUACCGAUGAUGAUGAUGAUGAUAAUAUGACCAUUCGUCAAUUUGUACAAUCACGCCAUGAACAAAUCAAGGAUCUCUUAUUGUCUUUACAUUCGAUCUGGAAUGCCAAGGAACGAUCAGCUCGCCUGAAGGCUUUGGUGGAUGGACAUGCAGUUAAAGUGCUGGAAACUGAAACUUGGAUUAAGGAUACAAAUGACAAACUACGACAAGCGACAAUUGAUGAUGAUGGAAAAGAAGAUGUUGAUAUUCAAUUACUUGAAUCAAAGUUGGAUGUAGUGAUCGAGUUAGAAAAGGCGGCAAAUGUAUACGCAGGCAUAUAUUAUAGUGGACUCAAGGAAUCAGCACAUCAAUGUAUCACAGCCAUUCGAUCGGAUAUUGACAACAACAAAAACAAUGAUGAUGAUACUGAACAGCUAGAUCGUAUUUCUAUCAUCCAAAAACAAGUGGAUAUUCAAUGGCAACAAUUAUUAGACUCACUUACACAACAACACUUUGAUUUACAAGGUCAACUUCAAGAAGCGGAACGUGCAUAUUGGAAGACACAAUUUAUACAUAAAUGUCAAGCAAUGGAACAACAGCUCACUACUAGCAACAGCAAUUUGGAUACUAUUGAAGAUCAUCAUCUUGAUCAAUGGAAAACUACCAUCAACAAUAUCAAAUCAGUAGAAUUGGAUCGAUAUGAAAAAGCACUUGUAUCUGACGCUGGCGACAACAAUGACAAAAUACAACUGGCUUUACAACAGGCGAAUGACAUUUAUCAGCAUUUGGAAAAGCAUCUUCAACAGGUAGCCGAUGAUACCCAUCAUUAUAGAAAGGAAUUGAAAUACACAAACCUAGCAUCAGCUCUUCUUGAAUCGACACGCAAUUUACAAUCCAAAUUGUUAACACUCGUAUGCUCAAAUCAAGUGAUUCCUUCAGUGCAACUGGACAUAUCAGCAGAUGAAGCUCAUUACGACGAAUUUACGGAAACUUAUGAGUCUAUACUUGAUGAUAUGGCUGAGAAAGGACAAAAAUACAAGCAAGUAGAUGAUUUAUUCUUAUCCAUGAACGAUGAUGAUGAACAAAAAAAUCGGACAACAGUUACAGUGGAACAACAACAUCAACAACUGAUGAUCGAAUGGAAGACUUUACAAAACGAAUGGACGAAGAUAGAUUGUUGCUAUCAACUAUUGACUCAACAGCGCCCUAUCUAUGCUGUUUUGUAUGAAGUACCUGCUAUCUUGGAUGAUAUCGAAUCGGAAUAUGACUGUGAAAGAUAUGAUGAUGACACUACAGCACAGAAAUUGGAUUUAGCAAAAAAAUUGAUGGAUGGCACUUCCAGUAUGGUGAAUCAGCAACAACAGAAGAAGCAACAAAUUCAUCACACGACAAAACCAAUCACUGAUGAAAACGAAAUGGAAAUUGCACUAAAGAAUGUCUUCAAGCAACGGCAUGAUGAUCUGUUACAUCGAAUGGAAACUAUAAAAGGGAAGGUGGAUGCACAACGUACACAACACCAGUAUCGAGAAUCUUAUGAGUUAUGUCAAUCAAUGGCAGAUGAGAUCAAGGCAACGGCAGUAAGAGAAAUGACAACACUUACAACAAGUUAUUACAUAUUAUUCUCUGGACAAAACCAACAAAUAGAUUCGCAAACCAAUAGUGAUACCAGCAUGCAAUUUGGGACACAGGGAUGUCAACAGUGCGCAAAGAAAGUGGCAGAGAGUGAACAAGUAUUACAGCGAUUGAUGUUGGACGUAGAAGCAAUGAUUAUCAAGAGUAAAUCAAUUGAUGGUAUGGAGGAUGUUGUUAUUCAAGAACUCGAAUCCAAUUGUCAACAGGAUCUGGACAAGUUGAAGAAUCAAAUACAACGAAACAAGGUGCUGGUGGAUCUCGUACGGCGAGUUUUGGGACACAACAAGAGUGCAGAUAAUAUAAUUACCUGGCUGGAGCAUUUCCAAAAGGCGGUACAGGAUCUUCCAUACAACAAUACAACGAAUAGCAACGACAUCAGCCAUACAAAUGAAAAGGAAACAAGUGAUUUGGAUAUCAAGCUACGAGGAUUUGAACCCCUUAUUGGCUCUUUGGCAAAUAUGAAACAAGCAAUACAAGCAACUGUCUUGGUGGACAAGGAUGAUGAUGAUGAUGAUGAUGAUCAUAUGGCUUCAGAAUCUUAUUGGAAAACAUUGGCGCAGGAUCGGUUCAAUCAAGUUACUCGUUUAUGGCAAGAUUCAGUGGAUUCUUUGGAAAGGGUCAAGAAACAGGCAGGCAAAUCACAUCAAAUUUCCUUGAUGGUGCAAAAAAUUAGAUCUAUGAUGUCCAUUGUGGGAAAUGCUCGUGAUCAAAUCGAACAACUACAGAGAAAUAGUUCAUUAGCCAUCAUCUUCCGGAAUACGAUCGAAACAACGACAGAUAAUCCAUCUCAUCAACAAAAGCAACCAUUUGGACUCGAUACUUUUAAAUCAUUACCAAGGGAUUAUGACAUUACAUAUGCAGAAGAACGACUGGAAGUUAUUGAAAACGAACUUGCAAAACAGGGAAAGAAUCAGCGGGAGGAAAUUGAUGAACUUGUUCAACAAUACCAUAACGACAAUGAUGAUGAUGAUGGUGAUGGAAAAGCCUUUGUACCUCAACAAAAAGAAAUGGAUGCAGCAUGGAAUAACGUUAUGGAAACCAUCAAUAAAACCAGACGCUCUCUCACAUCAGCAAAAUAUAUUGGGAAACAUAUUUGUAUUUUGGAUGGCAUCGAUGUACUUUUGGAUUCUAUGGAUGAAGUUGUUCUCAAAGCGGCACCUCAUUAUCAUGCAACGAUGGUGGACAAUCGGUACAGUAAAGCAGAAUUACAAGCCAAGUUGAUUGAAUUGAAUGCAAGGUACAGCUAUUAUCAAACCAACAUCAAGCAAGAUUUAGAACGGGCCAAGGAAUCAUGGGACUCACUGAUGAUGAAAAGUGCAGCAGAUGAUCAACAAGAAUUCAAGCAAACAAAGAAAAUCCUUGAACAAUAUUUUUUGAAGCAGCAAAAACGAUGGAACGAAUUGAUUGAACAUCAAAUUCCUUUACGGCAACAAGAGCUACAAAAAGCAAUGGAAAUUUCAUUAGGUAACAUGGAACAAAAAACCCGGCUUCGAAAAUCAUCUCUGCCAACACGAAAAGCAGCAUCUACGCUAUCUUCUUCUACUCGACAAAUACCAACCACUUUAUCGACGCAACAUAUACGACCCUCCUCUAGAACGGUAGCUUCAUCAUCCACUUCCUCUACUUCGGGAUUACAUCCAUCAAGUGCAUUGCGUGAUCAACAACAGCAUCGACUUCGAACAGUAACAUCAUCUUCAGCUCUAUUUAGUGACUCUAAAAAGCAAAGUCGUCAACAUGAAUUAUCAUCAUCAUCCUCUUCUUCUACUACUACCACAACAACGACUCCUUUGACUUUUUCUGUCAGUAGCAACAAAAGAACAUCAACUCCUCUCUCAACAAGAAAAAAGCCUAAUGCUUAUGUUGCUCAAGCUGGUAAUGCCUUGGAUAUGGAAAUCGGUCGUAUUAUCAAUGAAACGCCUUAUCGGAUCAAAGUCAAGAUGGUACCUGGUGAAGUGGGCCGUUACUGGUUUGGCGAUGUUAAUCCAAAGCUUGUUUACUGUCGUGUUUUGAAAAGCAAGAUGGUGAUGGUUAGAGUUGGAGGAGGUUGGACUGAACUAUCGCAAUUUUUACGUGAUCAUGCAUCAUUGGAAGGUGAAUUAAUUAUACCAAAGAAACAGAACAAGCAAUUGUUACACACUCCUAUUCAAGAAGGUUACCUAGAAACAACGACUUCAUUACAACGACAACGGCAACAAUUAAUGCAACAGCAACAAGAAGAACAAACACCAUCAUCCAUACCCACGAUGAAGAAAUCAAGGUCCACUCCAUCAAAUAAGAAGGGUAUUAUGCAACAAAAAGGAUACAAAGAAGGUGACAAGUUCUUUGCAGUUGAUCGACAUGGAAAUCAAUUAGAAGUGAAAAUGACGAAAUUUAGCCAACAAAGCGCCCUUCCAGUCUCAACAGCAACCAAUCGACGAAGAAAGUUGGUCAAGGGAUGA